GUCACAACGGGGACGAUAAUAUCGGAUGCACUUGUAUGGUUGUUGUUAUUACAGUAUUUUUAUGAUUGUUAUUCCCGGAAGGGAGAGAGGAUUCCUGGGAUUCCUUCGCGCGGAAAGGAGAGCUUUGUGCGCGUAACGGGCCCGUCAGGAAGGUAAAGGCUGCCCCGCUUGCGAGUAAGGGAGGCCGAGGCCCUGCUAUUUCGGGGAAGGGAAGCCCCUCGUCUCCAUAGGGAGGAGGAAGGCGGUGGAAAAGAUUCAGAAAAGGGCAAUAAAAAACAACCAAGGGCGGGGAACGACUCCCCCACCCUGCAAGGAGCGAAGCUUGCAGCUUUCGGGACUCCUUAGUUUAAAGAAAAAUAUUGCUAUUGCUAUUGCUAUUAUAUUUAUUUCUAUCUUGGCCUUUUCCAACAUUGGGGAGGGGAGGAGUGGAAUAUUCAUUAAAAGGCAAUUAAGCACUAAUUAGAAUUACAGCUAAAUAGAGAGGUAAGAAGUGACAUGUUAAGAAAAUUCUGCAUGGCAGGGAGAAAGUGGUUAGAAAAAGGCUUUCCACCCCCCACCAAACCACUUUUCUCCUAAGUCCACUGAAGCAGAUUCACUUGCAAACUGCGGAACGUUAAAUGUUUAUUAUUGCAGCCAAACGGCCAGCAUACUAAAACCAAAAUUUGUGCAUAGUUCUUUACAAAAACAAUAGAAACUAUCAAGGUGGAAUUUAACAAUCUACUAAUUAAGUAGACUUUAAAUGUGUAUCCAAGGAAAUAAGAACUCCAUUUUAAGAAUUUAAAGAAUAAGAACAUUUAACUAUAAGCUGUAAUGUUUUAUAAGUGUUUGUGCAGCUGUGUAAUCUUUGCUUACUUUGACUUGCUAUUGCACAAACUAUGGGACUCUCUCCCACAGGAGGCAGUGAUAGCCAUGAACCUUAAUGGCUUCAAAAGAGGAUCAGAUAAAUUCAUGGAGGGAGAGGGCUGUCAUGGCUACUAGCCACGAUGGCUCUAUGUUCUGUCUCUACAGUGGGAGGGAGCAAUGCUUCUGAAAACCAGUUUCUGGAGAGUGCUCUUGUACUCACAUCCCGCUUCUGUAUUUCCCAGAAGAGGCAUCUGGUUGGCCACUGUCAAUCAAUCAAUCAAUCAAUCAAUCAAUUUUUAUUGUAUAUAACCAAAGGCCUUUACAAUGGACAACAGAGAAUAAAAGGAAUCUUUCAUCUAACUUUUUUUGUGGAAAAAGUUCCGAGUAGAGCAAGGCACAAGUAAGGGAUUUGUGUGUUGAAACCAACCAGGCUGCUGUUUUCUAAAGCUACUGUCAAAAGGCAGAGACUAAAUUGUUUUAUUUAUUUAUUGAAUUUAAUUUAUAUCUUCCCCCUUCUUGCUGAAGGAGCCCAGGGUGGCAAAUACGUCAACAUUUCAAAAACAAAACUGGAAAACAGUUAAAGCGUUCUGAAGACAAUUGCAAUAAGAAACUUCUAAAAGCAGUUACAGUUAAAAACAUGACUAAAAACAUUUAUUUCAUCCAGUGUGCUCAAGAUUGCCCGGAAUAGUAGUUCUCACACAACAAAGGCCUGAGUAAGCAGGAAUGUUUUCAAAUUCCUCCUGAAAGUUAAUAGUGAUUGAGACAGGUGCACCUCACUAGGGAGGUCAUAUCACAACUGGGGAACCACCACUGGAAAGGCCCUGUCACAGGGAAGCCCUUGAUUGCAGCAGCACCAGCAAAGCCUCACCUGCCAGUUGUAAGAUCUGAGAUGACUAGAAAGGCACUCUUUUAAGUACUUUGAGUCCCUAGCCAUUUAGGGUUUUAUGUGCUGGUACUGACACCUUGAAUGGGGUCCAGUAGCUCAAGUGCAAUGCUUUCAGGAUUGGUAUCACAAGGUCCCAUUGGCUGCCCACUCACCAACCUAGCAGCCAUAUUGUGCACUUGCUGCAGCCUCCGGACCCUUCUUUCCAGUUAUUUACAUGGUCCAAAAAUAUGGGUCAGCUCAGGAGCGUUAAAGCCGUGAAACCCGAAUGAGUUUCCCAAAGGAUGAAACUGUUCUCGUCACCUUUCCUUCUCUACCCCGCCCGCAAAUGGGGACAUGAAUGACACAAUGUCACUGCUGCCCCUAGACCCAGACUCUCUUUCCUCACUUUUGUCUUCCCCCACAGGCAGAACAAUGGCAUCAGGGGUGCCGUCUGGGCCAUAACUUCCUUGUGGCACAGCGGAAGGAGCUGCCAUGCACUCAUCUCAGGUAGGAGUGGAAUCCUUGUGAAGAGAGGUUGGGGACACCUUGGGGGUGUUAGAUCUUCAAGGAAUGUGCCUCUUUAGCUUUUGUUCUUAGGAGAAGUCAAGUUGUCCAAGUAAGGCUAUGAACUCUGCAGUAUCCCUUCCAUAAUGCCUUGAGUCCUGCAGAAAAAAAUUAGGAAGUGCACACAAACCACCCGGUUAGUCCUUCCCCUUUCAAACUCGGAGCCCUGUUUAAUACACAGAGAUUUUUGCAUACAUGGGGAGUACAUUUCUGAGUACAGGCCAUUAUGGUGUGUUGUUCUUUUUCCCAGCAGCUGGUGUCCUUUGAAGCAGUGGCUGUGUAUUUCAGCAAGGGGGAGUGGGAUCUCCUGGGUCCAAGCCAAAGAGCUCUCUACAAGGAAGUCAUGCUGGAGAAUUAUGAGAGUGUGGCCUCUCCAGGUGAGGAUGCUUAUUCAUUUGUUGAGAAAAAGAAAGUAAAGCCCCAUUGUCAUGGCCAGACCACUUCCUGGUGACGUUUGGGCUUCCAUUUCCAAUUUCCGGUAGGAAUGAGGGACCGGUUAGGAUCGUCUGCCCCGAGAGACCUAUGGAGUGCAAUGGAUUCCUGAAUCUUUGGGGGGAUUUUUUCAGUGGUUAGAGCUGGUGACUAGCCAUGGAAUGGCAUAAUGCAGAGGAGCAUGGAUAUGAGCAGCCUUUCCGAUGCUGUGGAGUAUGUCUGCCUACCUGGUAUACUGAGGAGCUACAUGUUAUGAAACUAGCCAGAUGACGGCUACAGCACAAGGGGCAAAAGUCCCACUGUAGUUAUGAGCUAGAGAACACAACCGUGUCUGUCGUAUGGCAGUGAAACUGUGAGGAGGGCAUACUUUGCUGCUUCCAUUGCAUCCUUCAGUAAUUGCCUAAUAAUGCCCAACUCUUUUUCUUUGUAACAUCCUAACUGGGAGUGGCUGAAGGCCCUAGUCUGGAGUCUGGAUACAGUGGUGGACUGGAUGAGAACAAAUAAACUGAAUCUGAAUCCUGACAAGACAGAGGCUUGGUGGAUGAGUGCCCUGAGUCUGGGAAGUCAGGAACUGAUCUUCCUUGGAUGUUGUUGCACUUUCUCGGAAGGAGCAAGUGCGCAGUUUAGGGGUGCUCCUGGAUCCAGCCCUGCCCCUACAGACACUGGUCUUUGGUGGCUUGGAGUGCCUUUAACCAACUUUUGUUGGUAAGACACCCACUUUCUAACUGUUCUUGCUAUGUUCUGUAGCUCAACUCAUAUAUUUGGAAGGCAAUUAAUGAAUGAGAUAAUGCUUGAAUAUUUUGUCUGUUUCUUUGAAAGAAAUUCCCAAACCAGACCUCAUCUCCCGGCUGGAAGGAGGUGAAGAGCCAUUUGUCUGGAUCUGUGAGGAAGGAGAGAGUUUGGCAGGUAUGUGCUUCAGUUUGUGGUGGGACCUGGUCUUGUCUGGGUAUUCAGGCAGAUUCCUUGAUGAUCUUGCUUUUUAAACAUGUCAGGGGUAAUCAGUCUUGAUGUCUAAUGAAAUCCUUGAUUUUGGCUUUGAAGUCCUAACAAAAUUGGCUUUUUUCCUGUUUUUUUUCCUCCAAGGAGGUGAUCAGUACAACAGUGAAAACUAUAGUCAGCCAGCAGGAACAUGUAAGCAGAAAGCAGGAAAGGAGAUGCUUGGAAAUCCAUCAGGACAAAAGAGAGCUGAGGGAAAUCAAUCAAAGAAUGGAAGGAAAGAAUCCUCUACUUCUCUGGGUGCUGAUGACCUUGAACUUCUGAACCCAGAAUAUCACCAAAGAAAGCAACUAAAAAAGUGUCCCGUCUUUGGGGAAAUGAUCAAAGAUAAACCAGUACUAAACAGAUACCACAGAACCCCCACAGGGGUGAAACUAUACGAUUGCAUGAAGUGUGGGAAGAGCUUUAGAGAUAGGGGAACUCUCACUAGACACUGCAAAACCCACACAGGGGAGAAACCAUACAAGUGCAUGGAGUGUGGAAAGAGCUUUAGAGAUAGGGGUAGUCUUACUGAACACAAAAGAACUCACACAGGGGAGAGACCAUAUAAAUGCUUGGAAUGUGGGAAAAGCUUCAGUGCGAAUGGAAACCUUAAAGCACAUAAAAGAAUCCACACGGGGGAGAAACCAUAUAAGUGCAUGGAGUGUGGAAAGAGCUUCAGAAACAGUGGAACGCUUAGUGAGCAUGAAAGAACUCACACAGGGGAGAAACCAUAUAAAUGCUUGGUAUGUGGGAAAAGCUUCAGCGUGAGUGGAAGCCUUAAAACACAUGAAAGAAAGCACACGGGGGAGAAACCAUACAUAUGUAUGGAAUGUGGAAAGAGCUUCCGUGACAGUGGAAAUCUUGUCAUACAUGCAAGAACCCACACAGGAAUGAGACCGUAUAAGUGUGAAGAGUGUGGAAAAAGUUUUAGUGUGAAUGGAAGUCUUACUAAACAUAAAAGAAUCCACACAGGCGAGAAACCAUAUAAAUGUAUGGCCUGUGGAAAGAGCUUCCGUGAUGGUGGAACUCUUAGAAAACAUGAAAGAACCCACAUGAAUGUAUAGACUAGAAAAAGUUCGGCACUGUGGAAGCCUUUAUAUACUUUGAGGGGGAUUCCCCAUCUAAGAGAAAAACCAUAUAAAUGCAGAGUUUGUGGAAAUACUUCUAUUCGGAGAAGCCUUGCUUCACAUCAGAGAACCCCCGUAGGGAAACCAUAAAAAUGCAUGCCGCAUUGAAAGAACGUGAGAACAAAUGUUUGAUACACAUUUUUUAAAAAAAUACAUGGGAGAAAGUUAUCUAAGUUACAUUUCUCACACCUGUGUUAGGAGCUAGGUUGUCAUCUGAAGUGAUAGAUAUUCUCUUGACAGAAUGGACGCAUCUGGUGAGGCUACUGGUCCAGUGUUAAUUUAUAUAGUCCCAUAGUAUUUUUAUAAGCCGUUUAAUUUAGACAAACACACACACACACACACACACACACACACACACACACUCUAAUAUAAACAGUAAAAAGCAUUGAAGAGUCCUUCAGAUCUUCCUAAUCUCUUUUUCAUUCUUCAAGUAAAAUAUGGCCAGGCCACAUUUUGAAUCCAUGGCAAAAACUCACAAAUUCAGUGUUGGCAAACCUUUCCCGCUCACUCCAUUUGCUUGCUGAACUUCAGGUUGGCUGCUAGAUUUCUCUUCUGCAGCUUUUUGGAGCCCAGCUGACCUUCCACCCUCUCUUUCAGAGAGUUUGAAGCUUUUUUUUUUUUUUUUUUGCGAUUUCCCUCUUAACCUGUCCUUUUGGAUAUGGGGCUUCAGGAAUAAUUUUGAUCAGACUUAGCUUUUUGUAGUUUUUAGCAUGAAAUAAGAAGAGUGUCUCUGUGUGUAUACAUAUAUAAUUUGCCCUCCCCAUCUAAGCUCUUUGGAUCCUAGAUUCACCUCUUAAAUCUCCAAAAAUCCACAGAACCCUUCAAACGUCUGCUUACAUAGGCAGUUAAAAAAUUCAUGUCUGAAUGUUUUUUAAAAAGUGACUGAAUAGUGGAAAUGUAGCAGGGCCACUGACCGGUUUGACCUGUUGGGAAUAAUUUAGUAAAUCAUUACUAGUUUGUAUACCAUAUGGCUUCUAAUAGACAUUUUAUUCAAUGCUUCAAAAUUUCCUUCUAUUUCAGUAUAAUUAUUAUGCUCUUCAUAUUUUGUGUCCUGUGUACAGUAAUUCUUGUAUCCAAUUUUUUCCCUUGCAUUCGCAGUUUCCCAGGAUUCCUUUUUUGUGCAACGUGCAUAUUACUGUUUUUGAUAAUAUUAUUAUGUAGAUGUGCUUCAUAAACUGAAAUUCACUUAUUUCCUGCUAUUGUAGUUUAAAUACAUUAUUCAAGCUGAUUUCAGCUUCUGGUCAGAAACCUUCCUGUGGACUGGGGCAGAUUAAGGAUCUGACUGUCAGAUGUCACCAAGCCUAAUGGUGUUUCUGCUGACCACAUGUUACACCUGAACUUGUGUAUGGGGAGUGAUAUUUUGAGAUCAGAGUUGUGACAUGCCAUGCCAUAGGAAGUUGCACUGUACAUCUAUACUGGUGUAUUAGGGUGUGUUGAAUUUUUCAACUUUCCAAUUCAAAAAAUGAGGGAUGCUAAAAAGUUGUAACAUGACUUGAGAAUUCAAAAGAUAUUUUGGUUAAAUUGAUAUAAUUUGCUUGGUAAGCAAAAUGUGUGUAAAAUUGCAUAGAAAUCAUUAAAAAUGAUUGCUAAGUACUUAUUAUUAUUAUUAUUAUUAUUAUUAAGCUUUGCCUGACAUUUUCAGAAAGUAAAAAUAAAAUUCUUUGGGUUUCCAACAG